AGGCCCUGGGGCUCCCCGCCCUCGUUCCCCGGGUCGGGGCCGCAGGUGUGAUGGUCGGCUCCCACGCGGACAUGGCGCCUGCCUCCACCGCGGAGGGGGCCGGGGAGAAGCCGGGCCCCGCGGCCCCCGCAGCCCAGUAUGAGUGUGGGGAGUGCGGCAAGUCGUUCCGCUGGUCCUCGCGGCUGCUGCACCACCAGCGCACGCACACGGGCGAGCGGCCCUACAAGUGCCCAGACUGCCCCAAGGCCUUCAAGGGCUCCUCGGCGCUGCUGUACCACCAGCGGGGCCACACGGGCGAGCGGCCCUACCCGUGCCCCGACUGCCCCAAGGCCUUCAAGCGCUCGUCGCUGCUGCAGAUCCACCGCAGCGUGCACACGGGGCUGCGCGCCUUCACCUGCGGCCAGUGCGGCCUGGCCUUCAAGUGGUCGUCCCACUACCAGUACCACCUGCGGCAGCACACGGGCGAGCGCCCCUACCCGUGCCCCGACUGCCCCAAGGCCUUCAAGAACUCGUCCAGCCUGCGGCGCCACCGCCACGUGCACACGGGCGAGCGCCCCUACGCCUGCGGCGUCUGCGGCAAGAGCUUCACGCAGAGCACCAACCUGCGGCAGCACCAGCGCGUGCACACGGGCGAGCGCCCCUUCCGCUGCCCGCUCUGCCCCAAGACCUUCACGCACUCCUCCAACCUGCUGCUGCACCAGCGCACGCACGGCCCCGCGCCCGCCGCCCCGCCCCCGGCCCCGCCGCCCCGGGAGCCCUGCCCCGGCGGCGCCGGCAAGGUCCUGGUGACCGAGGCCUACCUGCAGCCGCCCAGCCCGCCCGCGCCCCCCGCGCCACCACCGCCGCCGCCGCCCGUGGUGCCCGAGUUGUUUCUGGCGGCUGCCGAGACCACGGUGGAGCUGGUGUACCGCUGCGACGGUUGCGAGCAGGGCUUCGGCAGCGAGGAGCUGCUGCUGGAGCACCAGCCGUGCCCCGGGCCCCAGGACGCGCCCCGCGCGCCGCCCAAGGCCGACCCGCCGGCACCGCUGGCCCCCGGGUCCCCUCUGCCCCAGCCCGCGCCCGCCGCCGCGCCCGGCUUCGCGUGUCUGCCCUGCGGGAAGUCCUUCCGGACGGUGGCCGGCCUCUCCCGCCACCAGCACAGCCACGGGCCGGCGGGCGGGCAGGCCUUCCGCUGCGGCAGCUGUGACGGCGCCUUCCCGCAGCUGGCCAGCCUCCUGGCGCACCAGCAGUGCCACGUGGAGGAGGCGGCGGCCGGGCGCCCGCCCCCGCAGGCCGAGGCGGCCGAGGUCACCUGCCCCCAGGAGCCGCUGGUUCCCGCUGCCCCCGCCCCGCCGCCGCAGCCGCCGGCCCCGCCUGCCCCGCCCGCCCCGGCCUCUGCGGAGCGCCCUUACAAGUGCGCCGAGUGCGGCAAGGCCUUCAAGGGCUCCUCGGGGCUGCGGUACCAUCUGCGGGACCACACGGGCGAGCGGCCCUACCAGUGCGGCGAGUGCGGCAAGGCCUUCAAGCGCUCCUCCCUGCUGGCCAUCCACCAGCGCGUGCACACGGGGCUGCGCGCCUUCACCUGCGGCCAGUGCGGCCUCACCUUCAAGUGGUCAUCCCACUACCAGUACCACCUGCGGCUGCACUCGGGCGAGCGGCCCUACGCGUGCGGGGAGUGUGGCAAGGCCUUCCGCAACACGUCGUGCCUGCGGCGCCACCGCCACGUGCACACGGGCGAACGCCCCCACGCCUGCGGCGUCUGCGGCAAGAGCUUCGCCCAGACCUCCAACCUGCGGCAGCACCAGCGUGUGCACACGGGCGAGCGCCCCUUCCGCUGCCCGCUCUGCCCCAAGACCUUCACGCACUCCUCCAACCUGCUGCUGCACCAGCGCACGCACUCGGCCGAGCGCCCCUUCGCCUGCCCGGUGUGCGGCCGCGGCUUCGUCAUGGCCGCCUACCUGCAGCGGCACAUGCGGACGCACGCCCCCGCCGGCACCGCCGGCGCCCCCGCCCCCGCGGCCGGCCCCCACGCGCCUGCCCCGCUGGCCGCCGCCCCGGCCCCGCUGGCCACGCAGGACGUGCACGUGCUCCCGCACCUCCAGGCCACGCUCUCCCUGGAGGUGGCGGGGGGCGCAGCCCCGGCCCCAGCAGCCCCCAACUCGCAGACGUUUCUCCUCGUGCAGACCGCCCAGGGCCUCCAGCUGAUCCCCAGCAGCCUGCAGCCCCCCACGCCCCCUGCCCCGCCCGCACCCCCAAAGCUCAUCCUGCUGCCCUCCGCCGGCGCUGGGGCCGGGGGCGGCCGUGGGAGGCCGUGUGAGCGGGCAGUGGGGAAAGCCGGUCAGGGGGCGGGAGUCGUGUGGCUGCCAGGCGCCGGAGGUCUGGGGGGACAGGGAGGGGGCGGUGCAGGCGCCGGUGCCGGAGGGCAGAGCCUGAUUGUUCUGCAGAACGUAGGGGGUGGGGAGGCAGGGCCGCAGGAAGUGAGUGGGGUCCAGCUGCAGCCGGCCCAGGAAGUGACCACGGUGCCGCUGCAGCCCGUGGCGGGCCAGCUCUCGGGUUCCGGCGGGGCAGCCGUGACCACCGAGGCCCCCAACCUGCUGGUGGUGCAGAGUGGAGCCGCGGAGGAGCUGCUCACGGGCCCGGGCCCUGGGGAGGCGGGGGACGUGGAGGCCGGCACGGGGGUGGUGCAGGACGUCCUCUUUGAGACGCUGCAGAUGGACGAGGGGCUGCAGAGCGUGCUGGUGCUGAGCGGGGCGGACGGGGAGCAGACCCGGCUGUGCGUGCAGGAGGUCGAGACCCUGGCCCCCGGCCUCAGCGAGCCGCCCGCCCCCGGCCCGCCCGGCCAGAAGCUGCUCAUCAUCCGCAGCGCCCCCGCCAGCGAGCUGCUGGAGAGCGGCGGCGCCGGGGGAGGCGCAGCCACGCUGCAGCUCCUGGCCCCGCCGCCACCGCCGCCGCCCGGGCCUGUGGCUGCCCCCGCCGGGAUCCCCGCCGCUCCCCCUGCCCAGAUGGUACAAGUGGUCCCCGCAGGAGCUGGGCCCGGCGUCGUGACCCCGCAGGCCCUGCCCUCCAUCCAGAUCGUGCAGACCCUGCCCUCUGUCCAGCUGGUGCACACGUUUUGAGGCCCCACGGGUGUCCGCGCCCGCCUCACGCAGACCUCGCCUGCAGAGUGCAGGGCCUUCGGCCAGCUUGGUUAAUAAAGACCGCG